AUGAAAGAUGGGAGGCAUAACAAUGCAGCUUGUCCUGACUGCAACGGUAGUUUCGUUGAGGAGAUCAAGCCUCCGCCAGUCUCCGUCAACCUUGACUCCCACCGCUGCAAAUUUCCUACAGCAGCCAUGUACAUGAUUGACCAGCGCCCCAACUCCUCCUCUGAACAAAACAACAACGUCAUAAAUCACAACAACAACUCUACCAUCAACCGCCAUGCCCUCCGAUGGACCCGCCGCAACGGCGGUAACCGCUCCCCUUUCAACCCCGUCAUCGUCCUCUGUGGUGGCAACGUAUCCUCUGAGUCUCACAAAAACAACAACGGCAGCAGAGGGGAGGUACGCAGGUUCGAUGACGACGACAACGGUUUGGGCCUGAGAUCCUUGCCGACAUGCAUGUUGGAGUUUUUGCUGGGAUCCGGGUUUGAUCGUCUUCUAGAACAGCUAUCUCAGAUCAAGAUCAACUGUAUAGAGUGUUAUGAGCACCCUUCGGCUUCAAAGCCGCCAUUGAUUCCUUACCGACAAUCGAAAUCGAUGAGAAGUACUUGGAUUUGGAAUCUCACUAUACAGUUUGCAAAGAGGUUUUUGAGAUGGGAACUUCAGGGGCACUCAGUUGCGUUGACCAAUGAUUAG